GCCAUUUUUAGCAAGACGAGUAGAACGAAAAAUCAGCUGUCACUUUGACAGUCCUGAUUUUUAUACCUUGUUAUUAACUUCAUACCAUUAUGAUAUCAAGUUGAGCGAUGUCCAUCAAAUUGGAACAAGUACUGCAGUUGGAGCCUCAAAACGAACUACUAUUCAGAGGGCCUUUCACCGAAGCCAAUACAGCAUGCAUGAAACUAACAAAUCCGACGGAUAAAAGGGUAAUGUUCAAAAUAAAAACUACCGCUCCGAAAAAGUACUGUGUUCGCCCGAAUUCCGGUAUACUAGACCCUAAGGAAAAGAAAGAAAUAGAGAUAUGUCUUCAACCAUGCAUGUACGAUGCUACGGAAAAGAAUAAACAUAAAUUCAUGGUGCAGAGUGCGUUUGCGCCGAGUGGCGAGUUGAACAUGGAGAAAAUUUGGAAAGAAAUCAUUCCCGAACAUCUAAUGGAUUCGAAACUCAGGUGUUCUUUUGAGAUAUCCAGCAAUCAAAGCGAAAUAGAGGAUUCUAGAAAUUUAAGUCCGGCUGCUUCAUCUACCCCAGUAACAAAACCAUCCGAAAUUAGUCUGAAAAGGGCCAAGCUGGAGAUGGACCAACUGAAGGAGGAAGAGAGUUAUUUGAAAGAAGAGAAUGCCCGUUUGAGAAACGAAAUUCUUCAGUUGAAAGAACAAGUUCGUGUUGUGUUUCCGGCACAAGCGGUGAUCAUGAAUCCUUUGAUAUAUAUGGCUUUGUCAAUAAUAUUGGCUGCUUUAGGCAUUGCUUUCGUGAAGUUUCUGCUCUGACUAUAAUUUUAAACAACUGGGAUAUUUGUACGGUAGAAUUGCUGGAACAUUUACUUGUUUAUUUAUCCGUAAUUAUUUUUAUAAGGAAUGUUUUUUUCUGUGGAAUAAAAAUUUGUCCAGA